AUGUAUCCAAAUUCCUACACCAUACCUCAAGCUCAACCGCUGUUGAACACAGAACAAGGUGAGCUGAUUGCUGUUGGAAACAAGAUUCCACAGUCGAGAGUUGAGAACUCUGCCCUGCUGAAGCGACUUGCCAACAUCAAUCAAAAGUACAAUGAAGCUGCUGUCGACAAUAGGAUACUCAAAGCGAAUGUGGAGACUCUCAGAGCUAAGGUGAAGAUGGAAGAGGACGUAAAACCGUUAACCGGAAUGACUCUGUUCUACUCGACAAUCGCAGACAUGUCCUCCGCCAAUGGUAUAGUUCGAGCACCUGCAGAAGUGGAUCUAGAAAUCAGAGGCCACCUUGGAAUCUUCCGACAAUAUGGUGAAGAAGAUGCCGAGCCUGAUGAACCUUGCCUCGUGGGGUGGUGGCUGCGGCGUCCACCCGGAAAAGCCACCUGCGCCCAAGUACAGGCUGUGGGUUGGCCGCCAGUGAGAUCCUUCAGGAAGAACAUCCUCUAUGUUCACCCUGAGAAGCAUGUCUGCGACAGCAGUAAUUCACCAGCUGCCUUUGUGAAGGUGGGCAUGGAUGGUGCACCGUACCUGCGCAAGGUGGACCUGAAAAUGUUCAACAGCUACCAAGAGCUCUCCAUGGCCCCGCAGAAGAUGUUCAGCUCCUUCACCACCAGAAACUCUUGCUCUCCAGGAAUGAGUGAGAGGGACUACAUGAACGAGAGCAAGGUGAUGAAUCUGCUCAAUGGAUCUGACUAUGUCCGAACCUACGAAGACAAGGAUGGAGAUUGGAUGCUUGUUGGUGAUGUUCCAUGGGAGAUGUUUGUUGAAUCGUGCAAACGUUUGCGUAUCAUGAAGGGAUCAGAAGCCAUUGGAAUCGCACCAAGAGCCAUGGAGAAGUGCAAGAACACAAGUUAAAGAUUUGUUCCACCAAGUAAAAUGACAAAACGCAAAUUCACCUCUGGAUUUGGAUCAAGGCAUAUGCAUGUGUGCUUACAUAUUUCCCAAGUUUAUUUAAGUUUGUUCAUCAUGUUUUUUUUUAUUAUUAAAAUAGUUUGUUUAUCACCUUUAUGUAUGGACAGUAAGAAAUGCUACUUCAA